AACAGGCCGCGUGAUUCGAGCAAACGAUGGUCAAGUCGCACGUCGUUGCGCUGGCGCUGGCGCUGCCAGCGACCGCCUACCACGUCCUGCCGCUGCACCGCGAUGCGCCGCUUCUUGGCGCACGAAGGAGCCUACGCCAACUCGCCGACGGGUCGUUCCAAGUCGUGCCGCUUCGCCAUGACGCUGGCACCCACUACACGUACGCCUACCUCGGGUCGCCGCCGCAGCGCACGCCCGUCGUCGUCGACACGGGCAGCCAUGUCCUCGCCGUGCCCUGCGCCGGCGGCGCGUCCUUUGAGGUGACGUCGUCCACAACGCUCACCUACCCCAACUGCACGAGCGCUGCGAGCACAUUCCAGUGCGCUUCUUGCGACGCGGACGCCACGUGCCACAUCUCCCAGGCUUACUCUACAGGCGGGUCGUGGACCGGCGUCGUUGUCAACGAUGUCGUGGCACUCGGCGAUGGCAAUGCGUCGUCUCCGUACAGCACGCGCUUCUCGUUUGGCUGCCAGACGGAGGUCACAGGAUCCUUUCCCGCCACCACCGGCGUCUUGGGCGUGGCCGACUCUGCAACAAGCCUUGUGCGGCAGCUCUACGCCGACAAGAAGAUUGACCAAAAUGUGUUCUCGCUCUGCUUGACAGCGACCGGCGGCACGUUGGCGAUCGGGACACCGGUGACCACCGCCGACGACGACCGCCGACGCCUCGGUGUGCUUCAGUUUGCCCGCAUGGCUCCUAACACCAACGGGUGGUACGAGCUGACGAUCCGAGCCAUUCGCAUCGGUGGCAAGCCGCUCGACUUGUCGCCACGCGUGCACCAGAGCGUCCUCCUUGACAGCGGGUCACCGACGUCGUCGCUGCCGUCGGCACUUCGCGACGAGUUUGACCGGUCGUUCAAGAAUGCAGGCUUGAAAGCGUAUAAAAGCCUCGACGGUGGCGACGACACUACGGGCGGGUAUGCACGCGGCCAGCUCUCCAAGAUGCCGACCAUCGAGUACGUCUUUGAAGGCAUGGAGGGCGAAGACGUGGUGCUCACGAUCCCGCCGGCGCGGUACCUCUGCCAAGGCGAGACCGGUCGGUUCACCGCGUCCAUUGCGCUGCACGACGAGGCGCCCAUGGGCGUGAUUGGCGCCGACCUCUUGACCAACCACGACUUUGUUUUUGAUCCGGACCACCACCGCGUCGGCUUUGUACCGGCCACGUGCGAGUAUGGCGCGGCGCAGCAUGCCAACGCAAGUGGAAAUGGCUCGGUGCUCGACGCAACGUCGUCGUCCUGGGAGGCGGCGAUGAUCGCCGAAGUCGGCGCCGACGUGCUUGUCGAUACCGACGACGAUGCCGACGACGCCCCGAUGGUCGACUCGGUCGUCGGCGUUGGCCUCGCGCUGCUGUUUCUUGGCGCGGUCGUCUACGCGGUGGUGCGCCCGGCCAAGCCCGCAUCGAGCGAAUGGGCGUCGCUCGGUGUGAUGGAUGACGACGAGAACGACGACGAGACGAACGAGCUCAUGGUGCCGAGCAGUCCCCGCGCGGCCGUUGUCGCCUACGACGCCCACCCAGACGUCCACGACGCGUUCUUUGACGCGACGCACGACGCCGACGCGGACGACCACGACGCGCUCGAUCGCCUCUGAGUGUACAGUGCAGUCAGUAGCUUCCUGCGUCUUGAAGUAAUUUACACGGAAGAAGGCGGUUGAUGUUGGUGG